AUAUGCCUCCUGUUCUUGUUCUAAAAGUUGGUAACUUUAAUAGUUAUUCGGGAAUAGUUAAGGAAGAAGGGACGUAUAAAAUUAUUGAGAAUUCCUUCGGAGAAAGAUCCACUCCAAGUUAUAUAGCCUUUACAGAAUAUCAAGUAGAAGUAGGCUCUUUAGCCAAACAAAAUUAUAUUAGCAAUCCUUCAAACACUGUAUUUGGCUUUAACAGGCUUUUAUCUAAUAAGAUUUCUGAUUUUAGUCCCUCUGAACUGAAGCGUUGGCAGUGUCGUAUUUGUAGGAAUAAAGAUUUUGAUGAAAAUGCUAUUGAAGAUGGUACAUUGGUUGAAGUGACUUACCUCACUGAAAAAAAGAUUUUCAGUCCUUCAGAACUUAUAACCAUCUUUUUGAAGGAAUUAAAAUUAACUGCGGAAACCUCUUUAUCUCUCAAAUUGUCAAAGGCUAUUGUGGUAAUGCCAUCAUAUUUUGUGGAAGACACCCAACAAAAGUUGUUUGAGGAGAUCGUCAAAAAUUCGGGUAUUACUGCACUGAGAUUUAUCAAGGAGCCCGUCUCGGCUUGCCUCGCCUUUGAUCUAGUUGAAGAUGCUCUUGUUAUAGUGCUUGACUAUGGAGCACUGGGCGUAACCUGCUCCUUGGUGCGCAUAAGUUGCGGCCUGUACCUUUUUUAUUUAAAGUUAUUAAGUUUUUAUUACACGUUGAUCCCUGCAAACAGCUACACUUUGGUAAAGACUGAAGUUGACAACAGCCUGGGUACUGCCAUUCUCACGGCUCGUCUUAUGCAGUUUUUUGCUAGUCAAUUUUUUAAGAGUACGAAACUGAAUAUUUCAGAAAAUUUGAAAGCGGUACUAAAGCUCCGUGCAGAAUGUGAAAGAGCGCUGAUUGCACUUACACGGGCAAAAACGUACACUGCAAGUGUCGAAGCGCUAAUGGAGGGCAUCGACUUGAACUGUACUAUCGAUCGAGGAACUUUUGAACAGCUGUGCAAAACUCAACUUGAGGACGGCCUGAAACCCCUCCGCUCACUUCUAACGAAUUCUGAGAUUCCCCUCGGUCCCCAGGAAGUGACGCAUGUGGUUUUUACCGGCGGGGGUGCAAACAUUCCUCUUCUGCAGGAGUUACUAAAGCAAGAGUUCGAAAGUGCCAGAUUCUUGUGCGGGAGCAACCCAGAGGAAACAGUUGUGAUAGGGGGACUCAAGGAGGCGUCUCUAUUAUUGAAGUUUAAAGGAUCUCUCAACUUAGAAGUUCAGCCCACCGAAGUAUAUGCAUUGUCUCACACGUUGAGCCUCGAGAUCAGUGGAGGUCGCUGCUAUCCUAUUCUUAAGAGGAUGACGCCGCUGCCUGCCCAUCAGAAAGUCGUCCAUCGUAUUGCCUGCGACGUUCUAUUAAAAGUCUACGAGGGCGAGUGCUCGACUGUCGAAGGGAAUAAAUUAUUGAAGGAGAUACCAGUAAUGGGGAUCAACAGCGAGCAGAUGGUGUCCAUCAACUUCCAUUGCAGUCAAUCCGGAGUUCUACGGAUCGCCGUGGAGUCGAGCGUGAGUGGAAUGCAAAUCUGUGAGGCUUAUAUUCCGUGAGUUCCGCCAGAACAUAAAUAUUAAGAAGCGCUGCAUUUCUUGUUAGGAGCUGCUUUUUAUUAUUACGAUGUGAAAAU